AUGGGCACCAGCGAAAAGGCCAAGGUGGAGUCCAUUCUUUCACGCUCGCACUCCCAGCAAUCCCGUCUGCUCUCGCCCCACUCCCUCGAUGCCAACGGCUUUGAUUUUUCGCACAAACAGGAACCGCCUGGCACACUGAACCCCUACCCUUCUCUCCCGACCAAUACCAGCGCUGCCCCAACCCUUGAACAGCAGUCCUACUAUCAGCACCACCAACAACAACUGAAACCAGCCCCCCAUCACCAACAUCAGCAUCAUCAUCACCAUCACCACGAGACGCCAGAAGAGGAGCAGCAACAGCAUCCUAUACGCGCAGCAGAGCCACUCACAUCCGACUAUGCUCCUCAUCCGUCGCCG